AAACUCUUCAUCGGAGGCAUCACGCUGGACACGACGGAGAUGGAUCUCAAGUCGCACUUCGAGCAGUUUGGAUCCUUGACAGAUGUAGUCGUGAUGAGAGACAAGAACACCGGGAAGGGAAGAGGAUUCGGAUUUGUGACCUUCAACGACCCGGCUGGUAUCCCUCGCUUCACUCUGCACGGGGGGCUGACCGAUGUCCUAGUUGCCGACAACGUUGUUAGGGGGAGGCAUGAGAUCAGAGGGCCUGGGAUAUCAGCUGACGAUUCGCUGCAGACCUCCAAAGUCUUCGUCGGAGGCAUCGCUUCCACCGUAACCACCCAAGACCUGUACGAGUACUUCGGCAAGUACGGGGAGGUGGAAGACGUGCAGGUUAUGGUGGAUCCUCAGACGCACAGGAGUCGAGGCUUUGCGUUCGUCACUUUCAAGCACGCGGAGACAGUGCAGGACGUGAUGAACUACCAGGAGCACGAGCUGCACAACAAGCGUGUAGAGAUCAAGUUGGCUGUUCCCAAAAGCGUUCAGAGAGCGCAGGUGAGGAUGUUGACGGUUGGAACUUCUUGA